AUGCCCACAGCCCUUCAGUCAACAGCCGUAGGCUGGCUCUUAAUCUCCCUCGGCCACACGCUCUCAGCAAAGGACUGGCAAUCCCUCCCCCAAGCCCGCACUCUCCCUAAUCUCGCCUACACCUGUGCCCGAGCAGGCUGGUUCCAGGGGAGUGGGUUCUUUCUGAUGAACGCUUUGAUAAACUACAGCUGGUCGCAAAACCCGGCUCUGUUGAACGACCCUAUUAACCGGGCUGUCGCGGCAUUGAUGACGGCUAUUGUGGGGGUUAGCUCCGGGUGGUAUUUGAAACGCGGGGUCAAGAGUAACGGCAUCGUGGUUGCGCUGAUGGGGGCUUUGCAGGCUUGGGCUGCUUUUGGGAAUUGA